AUGCCGUUGAACUGCGGGAUUUGGUGCCUCCUAUCCGAACGAGGGCGACACACUGAAAGGCUUUGGAGGUUACGCACCAUUCAAUCAUCAGACGAACGUCGCGCAAGGAGACGUUUUGAUAGAUUACUGCGCGCUUUUGAUACGGAAGAUUUAGCUGCCAUAUUAAAGGCAGUACAAAGUGGUGGUCGGGAUAUUAAGCAGUGUGCGCCUGGGCCACCAAUGGAUAUAAUGGAAGAAAUUCCAAGUUGUUCACGACAAGUUGCUGAAACGGAUGGUGAUGAUGAUGAUGAAGGUUAUCCAGAACAGCGGUACGAAGAUACUGGAUUAAUACCACAAAUUGAUAAACCUAUGUCUAUGCCUUAUCUUUGUUGUAAAUUAUGGCGUUGGAAAGAAUUGCAGGUGGAUGCGGCAUUACACAGGUUAGAUCCUCUACCUUGGUGUAGAUUUGGUCACGUUACCAUGAAUAAUGCUACUGUUUCCUGUUGCAAUCCCUAUCACUAUGCAUUAUGGAUUAUCGCUGAUUCUGAAUUAUCAUCCGAGGAGGCAGGCUUAUCUGGGGGCUUGAAUGGCGUCCUUCCUAUUGAUCAUUCCUAUCUAACAAAUGAUACUGGUUUUGGCGAUGAAAUUACGGGCACAAGUAUUGCUAAUACUUUGUUACAAUCUUCACGUAUCCCGCCGACUCUUAUUGAUUCACCAACGUCACCGUUGCCAACACGUAGUAAUCGAUCCCGUUCUUCUGGUCACCAAGUAUGUGUUGAAGGUUAUAUUUUAGCAUGGGCUCAUAUGUACAGAUGGAAAGAGAAAGAACGAAUGGAUCAACAUGGAAUAACACUUCGUGGUCAGUUUGUUGCUGUAGGAUUAUUAGCUGAUUCAGUACACGAUGGUCAGAAUGUCUCUAUACAAUGGGAUAUUGAUAAUGAAGUGUCAUUUGCCUUAAUUAGGCAGUUAGAUGUGGAGCAAAUAUCACAUGAAGUGUGGCUUUAUAAUAGCGGGAACAAACCGUUAUUCAUCUCCAUAUCGUCGUCUUUAAGUUCUCACAAAGCAGAAACGAUCCGAAGAUUAAGUAGCGGGUAUUGUUAUCGGGUCCACCGCGGUAUCGGUCCUUCAUUACAGAAGGGAACAUGUGUAACAAAACGAGACCCCGCAAAUACACUACGUUUUUUGAAUAUCAGUGUUGGCAAAGGCUGGGGUGAAAAAUAUCGUAGGAUUAAUCAUACAGAUACACCGUGCCGAUAUGAGGUCAUCUUUGUACCUGAUGAUUUGUAA